CCGUCUCAGGAGACCCGCCCCUCACAGAUUCUCACUGGCAGUGCAGCUACACUGACAACAGAGCGGCUGGGCGAGACCAGGUGCCGGAAGAAAGGCAUUCCUCAAUCAAAAUACCUCAAGAAAGGCUUUGUAGACACCAGUGAGAAGAUCUUGGACACUUAUGGAAAGACUCCUCAGCACCAGAAGAGGCAUGCAUUGUCAGAUGAAGCAAAUAAGGAAAGAAACAAGUUUAUUUUUCAGCUUUCUGGAGAGCAAUGGACGGAAUUCCCAGAUUCUCUAAAAGAACAGCUCUAUCUGAAAGAAUGGCACGUGUACAGUACGUUGAUACAAACCAUUCCAGCCUACAUUGCAUUAUUUCAAGAUCUGAGAGUACUGGAGUUGUCAAAAAAUCAAAUCAACCAUCUCCCAGUGGAAAUUGGCUGCUUAAAAAAACUCAAAGUGCUCAAUGUGAGUUUCAAUAAUUUGAAGUCAGUCCCUCCAGAAUUGGGUGAUUGUGAGAAUCUGGAAAAACUGGAUUUGUCUGGAAAUAUGGAAAUAACAGAGCUCCCGUUUGAACUAAGUAACCUGAAACAAGUCACAGUUGUGGACGUGUCAGCAAACAAGAUCCAUUCUAUUCCAAUCUGUGUACUCCGGAUGUCUAAUUUGCUGUGGUUGGAUAUUAGCAGCAACAACCUGAAAGAUCUCCCAGAAGACAUAGACAGGUUAGAUCAACUGCAGACACUUCUCCUACAGAAAAACAAGUUGACUUAUCUUCCACGAGCUCUGGUCAAUAUGCCAAAGCUCAGUUUGCUAGUUGUCAGUGGUGAUGACCUGGUUGAGAUACCCACAGCUGUCUGUGAGUCAACCACAGGUUUGAAAUUCAUAAGCCUCAAGGACAGCCCAGUUGAAACUAUUGUAUCUGAAGAUACUGAAGCAAUUAUAGAAAGCAAACGUGAACGGGAGCAGUUUGAGAAAGAGUUUAUGAAAGCAUACAUUGAAGACCUAAAGGAAAGGGAUUCUACUCCUUCCUACACUACGAAAGUAUUACUCAGUCUUCAGCUCUGA